AGGUCCUGGAUGCGAAUCACUCGCUGUAAGCAAGUAAGUGAAUGAGCGAGUGUGUUAAGUGUCUGUUGUUGUUCAAUAUCUUAUCAAACCCAAGCCAUCAUUCGGCUGCUGUGGACGAUCAUGUCCCCUUUUCAAGGUUUUAUUUGCACUCUGGCUCUUCUUGGUCACUUUCGCGGGGCCAGAUCCCAGAGCAAUCCUUCCGUGAACCCGUGUCCAACCGGCCAGGAGUGCACCCCGCUGACGGAUUGCUUCGAAUUCGUCGAUCCCAACGUGAGGAUCCCCAUCAUCGAGAAGGACGAGUUUCCCGGGGAGAUCCCCGCUUUGCCCGACUUAGAGACCUCGUGCCCCAAAGAAAACGAGAAAUGUUGCGACAAGUUGAUGGUUGAUCUGAUCGAGCCUUGUGAGAAGCUACCCAAUCACCAAUGCAUUUCCUUCGCCGAGUGCAGCCAAGUUCGUGGCGGCCGAGUGGAGGUGGGCGUGAGGAACACCGACGACCGAUGCAACGACCUCGGUGCAGUGUGCUGCAACCUUGACGUCUUGAAAUCUGGAUCCAACGACACUGCAGACGUGAUCCCGAAAGCUCCCAUAACUUGCGGGGUCAGGAAGCUAUCGCUCGACGACAGAGAAGAACAAUUCAGUGCAGGUCGGAAGGACUCACAAUUUGGGGAGUGGCCUCACAUGUGCGCCAUAUUUUGGAUCGAUCGAACGGCCCAGAAGUUCAUUUGCGGGGGCUCACUCAUUUCGCCCGAAUUCGUCCUGACCGCAGCUCAUUGCACGAUAGCAUAUCAAACCAAGAGUCUAUUAGUUCGCUGUGGAGACAGCAAUUUGCAAGAUGAGCGGGAACCGGCCAAAUAUCAAGAAAGUUCCAUCAGGACGAUCGUCUAUCAUCCACGAUACAACGCCAACAACUUGGAAAAUGACUUCGUUGUCAUCCAGUUGGAAAAAGAGCUGAACUUGACCGAGCACAUUGGAACAAUUUGUUUACCCGAAGAACCUGGAGACAUAUCCUACACCGAGGACCAAUGCUUUGCCUCUGGAUGGGGAACUGAAAACCUAGAAGAAGAAGGCCUAUUCCAAGCCCAAUUGAAGCACGUCAAACUUCCUCUGAUCCCAUUCCGGAAGUGUGAAAACCUUCUGCGGAAAACAUCUCGUUUGAGCGAUACCUUCCGACUUCACCGGAGCUUCGUUUGUGCCGGAGGCGUCAAAGAUGAGGACACCUGCAAAGGCGAUGGGGGCGGACCCUUGGUGUGUCCGAGCACCAAAUACAAAGGACGCUACGUUCAAGUGGGCAUCACCUCGUGGGGUAUUGGGUGUGGCGAUGAAGACGUGCCGGGGGCUUAUGCGUUUGUCCGCUCAGGGAUAUGUUUCAUUCGUUGGACCGCCCAUUGCUUAAGCGCUGGCCGCGUUGAGGACUAUAUCGAAUUGGGUGUGUGUAAGGACUUCUUGGACCUCGAACGUAAUGGCUUCCAAUCUGAAUUGGAGGGCGUCGAGAUCGCACUACAAAAAAGCGCCGGAGAUGCCAGACGAGAAGUGAUCCUGGCCAAUAUGAGGAGUGCUUUGAGGUUGCAAUUGAGUCUGCUUGAAAAACUUCCCAAUAAUUGCGAUUUUCGAGGUUAACUGUAUUUUUUUCGUGAAAACCAUGUAGUUUGCGAACCAUUCACUUAAAUAGAAAAUGCACGGAUAAGCGGUG